GAACCAUCGCACACGGAGCAGCUCCCACCCCCAGGAUUUCCCGAUGCGGCAGYUGGAGUCACUGCGCCACCAAACUCCCCGUGUUUCUCCCCAAAACCGCCCCGCCAAGGCUCCCCGGGCCGACACUUCCCCUUUUCGCCGUGUUCCUCCUCGGGGCCGGCCCCGCAGGGACUCGGAGCCCGCGGGGUGACGCCGAGCAGGGCCCCCAGGCCGGACCUGGCUGUCCCCGGAGCGGCCACCCCCAUGCCGGACACGCCAGGGGAAUGCCCCCUUCGGUCCCCCAGCUCUGCCCUCAUCUACAGCAACGUGGGGGAGCUGCGGGCCCACCUCGUYCCCCGCAAGGCCAGCCGAGGGGAAGGCACCGGGAGACCCCUCCCUCAGGCCGACCCGGACCCCCGGCCUCCCCCGCUGCCCAAAAAGCAGCUCCAGCGAGCCGAGUCCCUCCCGGAGCCGGGAUCAUCGCACCGCUGCCGUAGCGAGCCCGAGCCGCGGGCUGGCAGCGUCCUCUACAGCAUCCCCCCGGYCCAGCCGCGGCACGGGGAGGGGGCUGCCCCGCUGGACAGACCCUCCUGGGCACCCAAGAAACCCCUGAGCAAAUCCCAAAGCCUGGGGGAGCCGCCGGCCUGGAGCAGCCCCCAGAGAGCCAGCYUGAAGGAGCUGAAUUUCGGGACAGCGGACGGGGAGCUGGGGCAGCUCCUGGAGAGCCCGGCCGGGCUCUGUGGGGUGGUUUUGGGGUGCCARGAGGCCGCCCUKGCCCGGCUGUCGGCUCGCAUGCAGRAGGAGCUGCUGGGGCCCGAGGACAAGCAGCAGCUGCUGCAGGUGGAGCUGGCGGGGAAGGGCUGGGGAGCCCUCGGCCUCCUGGACCCCCGGCCCUGCUGCCAGAGCGGGGACGCCUGGUACUUCAGGGUGGGCUUCACCUUCGAGCACAGAGAGCUGCAGUUCGCAGCCAAGGUCCCCAAGCCGUGCUGCUCCAACCUGGGCGCGCAGAGCUCGCUGGGGACGCACUGCAGCAUCCARCGCCUGCUCGGCCGCUUCACCGACCGCCUCCCUCGGGAGCUGCUGCUCCCGGGAAUCCCUGAGAAACACAGUCGGGACCAUUCCAGCGAGGAGCCGGCCUGUCCUGCCCCUCAGCCCGUCGUGCAGGUUCUCCUUUGUGCCGAGGUCCCCCAGCAGACCCUGGCAGAGUUCGUGAAGAGCUCCCACGCUUUGCACAGGAGCAGCCCCGGGCACUACGAGCGCCUGAGCUGCCUCCUGCUCCUGCAGCUCUGCAUGGGACUGGAGCACCUACGGGGGCAGAAUGUGGCCCAGGGCGACCUGUGCCCCGAGAACCUGCUGCUGGUGCAGUGCCCGUGUCCCUCCCGGAGCCAGCAGGGCCAGAAGGAGCCGCUGGGGCUGUCCCUUCCCCGGCUGCUCAUCAGCAGCUUUUUCAAGGUGCAGGAGAGGCAAAGACCUUGCUCCAGCAGCCAGGAGCGGGACUGGAGCCAGGGAGCGGCCGCAGCCUCCCCUCCGGCAGCGGCCGAGCUGAACGUGGGCCGGCUGAUCUUUCAGAUCUUGCAUGUGGACAUCUCUCUGGAGAACAUCCUGGGCUUCAGCAGCGCCAGGCUCCCCGAAAUCCCCUCGCUGUCCAUUUACUCGGCGGGGCUGCGGCGCCUGGCCGCGCUGCUGCUGCACAGGGAUCCUGGCAGGAGGGUGACCAUCGAGCAGGCCAGGGCUGUGCUGCAGGUGCUGCUUUGGGGACCACGACAGCAGCUCUUUGCCACCAGCGGCAGGAGCCUGGCGCUGCUGCGGGGCUGGCUGCAGCUCAAGAGGGCUCUGCUGCUGCUGGGCUUUGCGGAGAGCUGGGCUGGGCARGGAGGGAGCCCCGGACUGGAGGAGUGGCUGUGCUGUCAGUACUUUCAGGGGGUCACUGAACACGCCCUUUUCCAGGUCACUCAGGUGCUCUACGCUCCCUAAACCAACCCUUGGGUUCAGCUCUCCUCAAAGCCAAGAGCCCACGAGGAGCUGGAUKAAUCUGUCCUGUCCACUGAGAGAAUUUUGAAACAAAAUUAUUUYUGUAAGGCCCUUUCCAAGACAAGGAAGCCUGGAAAGACAGGCUUUAUAAWUAUAUAAAUAAACCUCUACAGAUCAGUGUUUACAGAGCAGGUAUUUGUUUAUUGCAGCGCUGGAGGUG